AUGGCGGACACGAUGCAGACCGAGGAUUUCCCGUAUUUACCUUCGGGUUUAGCGGAGGUGAAUAAAAUGAUCGCAGAACACAGUGACCUGUUUUCAGACUCUCAGUGUAAAGUCUGCAGCGCUGUCCUCAUUUCAGAGUCCCAGAAGCUCACGCACUACCAGGUCAGUCCUCCCCUGGUCCUCUACCAGGUCAGUCCUCCCCUGGUCCUCUACCAGGUCAGUCCUCCCCUGGUCCUCUACCAGGUCAGUCCUCCCCUGGUCCUCUACCAGGUCAGUCCUCCCCUGGUCCUCUACCAGGUCAGUCCUCCCCUGGUCCUCUACCAGGUCGGUCCUCCCCUGGUCCUCUACCAGGUCCAGUCCUCCCCUGGUCCUCUACCAGGUCAGUCCUCCCCUGGUCCUCUACCAGGUCAGUCCUCCCCUGGUCCUCUACCAGGUCAGUCCUCCCCUGGUCCUCUACCAGGUCAGUCCCUCCCCAUGGUCCUCUACCAGGUCAGUCCUCCCCUGGUCCUCUACCAGGUCAGUCCUCCCCUGGUCCUCUACCAGGUCAGUCCUCCCCUGGUCCUCUACCAGGUCGGUCCUCCCCUGGUCCUCUACCAGGUCAGUCCUCCCCUGGUCCUCCACCAGGUCGGUCCUCCCCUGGUCCUCUACCAGAGCAAGAAACACUCCAACAAAGUGCGACGCUACUUUUUCAUUCAGAACGAGAAUGAGCCGACGUUAAAGAAGCCUUCGACCAUCAACACCGACUGUAAUAAUGGAGAGACCGACCGCUUCAAAGCCUGCGUGGUCUGCAACAUGACGUUCACCUCCGCAGUCAUGGCAGAGUCUCACUAUCAGGGGAAAGUCCACGCCAAGAACCUGCGCCUCAAGACCGUGGGACCCCAGACCCCGAAAGCCCAGACCCCGAAAGCCCAGACCCCGGGAGUCCAGACCCCAGGAGCCGAGACCCCAGGAGCCGAGACCCCAGGAGCCGAGACCCCAGGAGCCGAGACCCCAGGAGCCGAGACCCCAGGAGCCCAGACCACGGGACCCCAGACCAUCGGACCCCAGACUCCACAGACCACCGUAGCUCUCUCUCAGACUUCUCCAGUUCCAGCAAAGAAGCAGAAAACAGGAGUUCCAGUUCACGACAAAUCGGACCCAAACCACUUCUGCUCCGUUUGUCAGGCCUCGUUCAACAACCCCCUGAUGGCCCAGCAGCACUACCAGGAGAGAGAGGCCGCCCAGGACCAGGUGGAGUCCAGGGAAAACGUGGUCCGUCUGGAAACAUGGGGAAGUCUGGACCAAUGGUGA